CGUGGCAUAUGAGGCGCCGGUAGAAAGUGACCUUUGUCCCUUCAGUCAGCUCGUCUUCAAUCUGUCAGAGCAGCUCAAACUGGAGAAACUCUCAGCAAGUGUUCUCUUCAUUUUCAGAGUUCUGUUCACAUUCUGGAGUCAUUGAAAGCAGCCCUACUCGCCCCUACUGGCUCUACUGCGCCCCCAGCAACCAUGGACAGCACUCCCAGGAGGUGGGUUCUGAAGCCUCUGUCUCCUGUGCUGCAACAAUCAGACCUGCGGACUAUUGCCAGCCCCGCCCCUGACCCGGACCACCCGGACUCCUCCAGCAGCAUCUCAGUGUCUCACGGUGGAUCUUCGGUUGUGGUCUCGCCACUGCAGAGCGAUGGGUCUCCCAGCAUUCUGGUUCUGGCCAGGCAAGUCUCCGUGUCUCAGGAUGGGAACAACAGUGAUGAGUGGGGGCCCGGUAGUACCAGCAGCAGCUCAGAUUCUCUCUGCGGGUUUUACUCCUUCGUAGACGAUCCCACAAGUCCUGAAGCCGAGCAGAAUGAAGCCUGGAUGGUCUCACCCCAGCGGCAGGCUCAUCUGGCCACCCUGAAGGAGGAGAAGGGAUUCAAGCUACAGACCUACAGCAGCAGCAGGAAGCCGGACAGUCUGUUCUCAGAGAGCAAUGGAGACUCGCUGUAUGAAAUGGAUCAGAGCCACGGGGUCAAGGUCAGCGAGGAGGAGGAGAAACAGCUCCGCAAGGAGAUCAUCUGCAGUCAGGCACCCAGAAAGAACCCAACCGGUUCUCCACUGAGCCCAGUCCACAACCUGGAUCUGAGCCCAGUCCAGAAUAUGGCUCUGAGCCUUGCUACAGACAAGCUGAUCCAAGGUUUUAGUGUCAGCUUCAGUCCCACCAACUCCAGACCAGAACCACCUCAGCCCACUGAGCUCGGGUCCAUCGAUAAGAAGGAGAUCAACUUCAGCGAGGUCCGAAAGAAGUUCCUGAAGAUUGAGCAAGAACGGCUGGCAGCACUCCUCAGCCCUAUCAGGUCCUCCAGAACACACCUGAACCCGACUCUGGGUCCACCAGAACCCGACGUCCAUUUGACCAGGAAGGUGGAAAUGUACGAUGGCGUGGAGAUGAGUGAUGACCUGGUUCUGACAGAACUAACAGAAGUAGAGAAAAACUCACAGAAGAAGGUGACUGUGUUUCAGGAGGAGGAGAGCAGGGUGUUCAGUGACCUGAACUCUGAAAUAGGGGACAGUUCUGUGGAGAUCCGGUUCAAUGACGACAGGACCUGGGAGUCCACAGAAGUCCCUGAAACCCCCAUUGAAAGGGAGAUCCGGUUAGUCCAGGAACGUGAAGAGGACCUGCGACGUUCUCGAGGCCUGAAACUCAGCAACACUAUGGAGAUGGUGGAAAUAAAAACCACACGUCUACCGCUGUCAAUGAUGCUGGAAAAAGCUCAAGAGAAGAAUCAGGUCAACACCUCCAGAGAGAUCCAAAUGGAAAACCAGAGGAACGAAGAACCUCAGCAGCAGGGACGGAUCCUGAAAGGAGACCCCCCAGGUCCUUUGGAAGCUGAUGAGGGCAGGACUGCAGUAGGUCUGGAAACUGAAGUCUUACCAUCUCCAUGUUGUCCUCAUCGAAACCCUGAAGAACCCCGGUUGUACCAGACAGAUUCCUCCCUCACUGAGCGGGACUCUAGGGGUCCAAGACGUUUUUACCGGGAUCAAGUGUCUUUUUCCUCCUCUCCAGUUCCCCCAACUGCCUGCCGUGAAACUGACCCUCAGUCCUGGAGGGAAAACCUGGAGCCCACUGGCCUGCUGUCCAGAGGACAGGGAGCUCCUGACUUUAUAGAGAAGGAGAUACAGGAGUCUCUGCGACGGGAAGAGGAGCUGAGGGAGUCCAGAGCCAGCCAACCCAUCUUUUCUCCGCCUCCUCUUGUAGAACAGGCGGCCAAGAUGGCCGUCAGGCAGUUCUACCCCCCAAUAAACACAGACAAACCCGUCAGUUUGUCCUCCUCCUCUUCCUUGCUGCGUCCCGCCGUCCGUCUGUCCUCGGUCUCCUUCAUCACCGCUCAGCCCUGGGCCAUCUCUCCUCCCCCCACCUCCCCUGCUGGAGUCCGGAUGGGCCCCCCCGCCCCCCGAGGUCUGACGGAGACUCUGCUGCAGGACUUUGAGGAUCAUCGAACCAAGAUGAAGCUGGAGGAGAGUUCCUACGCAGGGAUCCAGCUGGUCGACAAUGUCAACAAUGAGCUUGUGGAGUCAACCCGAGUCAUUCGACGUAAGAACCAGCGAGCUCUGCGCUGGGAGGCCGGAAUGUUUGCCAACCAGGAAAACCAGUAAGACCAGUAGGAACCGAUCCUUGGACCAGAUCUGGUUCUGGACCUGACUUGGGAGGUGGCAGAAGUCCAUCCAGUGAAUGAUUGAUGAUUUUUUUGUCUAUCUGAAAAACGGGUGAUAUCAGUGGGACAUUCAGUCAGAACUGGCUGUUUUCUUAUUGGCCAUUACAGAUGACUCAUCCUGGCCGUGUCCAAUCAGUUGCAGGCUUAGACAGACGUUUUUCAUCCAGAGACUUCCAGAAUUUGAUCCUCAGAGCUUGUAGAGCUUCACGAUUUCAGGCUGAUGCAUCAAUACAUGGAAAAAUGAAUAAAAAUCAUCUUGUGUACUCACCUUGUC